AUGGCCGAGUCCGGUGAGCAGGCGCAGCAGACAGAGCGCUAUCCAUCCCCCGCCAACGCAAUCAACGGCUUGCCUUUCUACCAGCCAUUGCAGCAGGCCGCGCGUCCAGGUCCGAAUCCAGCUUCAGCGCAAUAUGAACACGGCGCACAAGGAGAAGGAGAACGGCACGAGCAAGGUCCGUCCGGGACCUCCGAAGGAGCCACAGCGAAUGUAACUGCUUCCGCGACAGAGAGCGCACAGCAGUCUCCAGACUACCGCUAUGCCGAUCGAAGAGAACAUGCGCAGGAUGAGAAUUCAAACUUCCCUUCGAGUAAAGGCAAUGCGAUGGGGAGUUUCGGUAGAUUCGGCGCACCGCCCGCGCAUAUGCUUCAACCCGGCGAGGCAGCAUCGGCUGCCAUGCCACAAGGCUCAGUCGCAUACGCACAGCACAAUGGCACACCAGACUCAGCGCCACCUAUACCAGACAAGAACCCAAACAAACGGAGCAAGGUCAGUCGGGCGUGCGAUGAGUGCAGGCGGAAGAAGAUUCGCUGCGACGCCGUGGACGAAACGGGUGCUGUACCGUGCACCAACUGCGCCCGGACAGGUGCCAGAUGUGCGUUUAGUCGACAGCCUAUGAAGCGAGGGCCGAGCAAAGGAUACAUCAAGGAGCUGGCUGAGCGAUUGAACAGUUUGGAGCAGUCGGUGCAUCCGGGCCACAUGCAACAGCAGCACCGCUAUGAGGUCCAGCAGCUUCAUCAAGCCAUGGAAGGUCUGCAGCAAUAUGGCAAUCACGAUCCUCUCCUGGUGCAAGAUCCGAGGGCUGGCGACAAGCGCACGCACGAUACCGCAGAAGCGCUGCAUGUUGGUCAACCUCCUGCAUCGGCAGCACCCAUGACAGCAUCUCAGUAUUCGCCCCAAUACGUACCCGCUCAGGCGCCAGUGCCACAGGCAGGAGCUAUGCAACCAUUCUGGCGGCAUGGAGCAUCCAACGACAACCGUGGAGAGGCUAUCGGUCUGGCGUUUGAUGCCGAGAGCAACGUUCCUGCACCUGAGACGUUUGACUGGGAUGAAUCAGUUAUCGACGAGUACUAUCGUAUUAUACACCAGACAUUUCCGCUACUGCCAAACAACAAAAACCGUUUGCAGCAGCGGUUGAGCGAAUGCCCGGCAUCAUUGCGAGAAGCGUUUUUGGCCGCACUCGACUGUCUGAUGCGUACCUUCCCUACGACCAAUCUUGAGCCUAAUCCUAAUUACGCUCAGGCAUUGAAGAAGACUGCGGAAUUGCUCGCAAAGUAUCCGUUUGACAACCCAAGCUCACAUAACAACGCAACGAAUCUCGUGUACCUGCAGACGCUGAUCAUGAUGGCGUUAGAAAGCGACAACCACGGUCCAGCAACUAUACGAGGCCAAGCAGGUCCAAGUAGAGCAGAAUGGCUUGGACGUGCUGCUGGUGUAGCUGGUCAGCUCGAGAUCCACGUGAUCCGCACGUCAAGUCAAUCACUGAUACAAGGCGACCGAGACUCGGAGGAAAGACUGGCUCGGCGCGUCUGGUGGGUGCUAUUCAUCCUUGAUCGGUGGCAUGCUUCUUCAACAGCGGAUCUGCUCAAACUUCCCGAGAAUAGUAUUGUGCUAUUGCCUGAAGAUCAGAUCUUGCUGGGAGAAUCGACAUACAAUCUGGCCAGGCUAUCAUUCAUCAUAGGGCAUCUUGCUGCGAUUUUGACAACAACCAAGACACCCUCUACAGAUGUGAUGGCGCCUUCCAACCCGGCAUCUUCUUUGCUUGGUCUUACGUUGGCGGGUGAGAUCGACCGCUUUCGAGAGUCGGUGGAGUCAGUGUGGGGCUCUUUGAACCUGGUGCAUUUGAGCUAUCAUCAUUGCCACCUCCUCAUCAAGCGUCUCAAUCCGAUGAGCGAGCCGACAGAUCUGGUGGGUCAUGCUGUGAAGGUGGCGACCAUGCUUAAUAGCCGGAUGACACCUGUCACACCGCUCAACCACCACUUUGGCGCUUUGGCCGCCAUGACUCUGUGCGAGCUGUGUGACCUGGGUAAGACUCGCGCCGAGGCCAUGAAGGGGCUUGAUCAGAUGAUUGAAGCUCUUGGUCAGGGACGAGGUCUAGCUGGCAAGCAAGAAAGCGAGGGUUGGGAUGGUGCGGUGCGGGAGUUGGUAACGCGAAAGAAGGAGAAGAUGAUACAGCAGGGUAAUGGACUUCACAACCUUGCUGAUGCUGCUGUUGGGACUGAUGAGGGCAACUUUGAUCCCACCAUGAUCACGAGGUAUGGGUAUUUGAAUUCGCUGGCGCAGGGUGCCUUUGGGAGAGAUGGUCUAUGAGGUUCUAAUGUAUAGAGCAAGAGGCCGCCCCGACGUCGAACGAUCUUGCAGCGUGAGUGGAUGUGGCUGUGCC